UAAGCGGAGGAGGCUUCAGCAAUGUCUUCGAGAUGCCUUCCUACCAGUCCAGUGCAGUGGCAGCGUAUCUGAAGACUGCAAACCUUCCUCCUCAGUCAUACUUCAAUAUCAGUGGCAGGGCCUACCCAGACAUGGCUGCUCUAUCUGAUAACUACUGGGUGGUCGUGAACAGACUGCCAAUGCCCUGGGUGUCUGGGACCUCGGCAUCGACCCCUGUGGUCGGAGGCAUACUGUCUCUCAUCAAUGAUCGGCGGCUGCUGAAGGGUCUGCCUGCCCUGGGCUUCCUCAACCCUCGCCUCUACCAGCUCAAGGGACAACCGCUAUUUGAUGUAAGUCAAGCUACUCCUACUGUGGUAAAGCAUCAGUCUCAGCUAAACUAUGUAUAAAGCUUGUUUUUAGAC